GGCCACACGGCGUGUCGGAGUCCGUCGCGUGCUCUGCCCUCCGCCCGACCCGUAGCCAUGGCGCCGCGUCGCCGCCGGCCCCCUCGGGGCCGCGAGCCCGAGCCCCGCCCGGGGCCUACGGAGGGGAGCCCGGAGCGGCCGCAGGCAUCCAGUAAGAUCUUACCCGCCUUUCCGACGCCUGAUUACUCCUCUGACGUGGAGCCAGACACUAGAGAGAUGGUACGAGCACAGAACAAAAAGAAGAAGAAAUCUGGGGGCUUCCAGUCUAUGGGCUUGAGUUAUCCUGUAUUCAAAGGGGUCAUGAAGAAAGGCUACAAAGUGCCUACGCCAAUCCAGCGAAGGACCAUCCCUGUGAUCCUGGAUGGGAAAGACAUGGUGGCCAUGGCAAGGACUGGCAGUGGGAAGACGGCUUGUUUCCUCAUCCCCAUGUUUGAGAAGCUGAAGGCGCACAGUGCCCAGACGGGAGCACGAGCCCUCAUCCUCUCGCCAACCCGCGAGCUUGCCUUGCAGACUAUGAAAUUCACAAAGGAGCUGGGCAAGUUCACAGGCCUGAAGACUGCGUUGAUUCUGGGAGGAGAGAGGAUGGAAGACCAGUUUGCAGCUCUGCAUGAGAACCCCGAUAUAAUCAUUGGCACCCCGGGGCGCCUGAUGCACGUGGCUGUGGAAAUGAACCUGAAACUGCACAGUGUGGAGUACGUGGUGUUUGACGAAGCUGACAGGCUCUUUGAGAUGGGGUUUGCGGAGCAGCUGCAAGAGAUCAUCGCCCGGCUCCCCGAGAGCCGCCAGACCCUGCUUUUCUCUGCCACGCUCCCCAAACUGCUCGUGGAGUUUGCUCGGGCUGGUCUCACUGAGCCAGUCUUGAUCCGGUUGGACGUGGAGACCAAGCUCAGUGAGCAGCUCAAGCUGGCCUUCUUCCAUGUGCGCGCAGAUGACAAGCCGGCCGUGCUGCUGCACCUGCUGAGGAGCGUGGUGAGGCCGCAGGAUCAGACCGUCGUCUUCGUGGCCACCAAGCACCAUGCGGAGUACCUCAAGGAGUUGCUGACAGCGCAGGGCGUGAACUGCACCCAUAUCUACAGCUCCCUGGACCAGGCAGCCCGGAAAAUCAACAUCGCCAAGUUUGUGCACGGCCAGUGCGCAGUGCUGAUUGUUACCGACGUGGCUGCCCGCGGCAUUGAUAUCCCCAUGCUGGACAAUGUCAUCAACUACAGCUUCCCUGCCAAGCCCAAGCUGUUCCUGCACCGUGUCGGCCGCGUGGCCCGCGCUGGCCGCAGUGGCACCGCCUACUCCCUGGUGGCAUCGGAUGAGACCCCAUAUGUCUUUGACUUGCACCUGUUCCUGGGGCGCCCGCUCACCCUCGCCAGCCCCCACGAGAAACCCUCAGCCGGGGAUGGGGUGUUUGGCAGAGUCCCCCAGAGCGUCAUCGACGACGAGGAGUGUCUGCUGUUCACUGACCACGAGAGCUCGCUGGAUCUGCAGAGCCUGCGCAAGGUGUCGGAGAACGCGCACAAGCAGUACCUGAAGUCCCGUCCUGGCCCCUCGCCCGAGUCUGUCAAGAGGGUGAAGGAGCUGGACUUCUCCCUGCUGGGCAUCCACCCGCUCUUCAGUUCUUGCUUUGGGGAGGAUGAGCUGGAGAGACUGAAGUUCGUGGACAACAUUAAAACCUACAGAUCCAAAGCAACCAUCUUUGAGAUCAACGCCACCAACAAGACCCUGGCCAGCGAUGUGAUGCGAGCCAAGCGGAGCCGCGACCGCAGCCUCAUUGACAAGUACCAGAGGGGGCAGCAGGAGAGACGGGCUGGGGCUGCGCUGGGGGGCCAGGACCCAGCAGUCCCUGCCCCUGAGGAGGAGGAAGCAAACCUCCAGGAAGUGUUCUCCGCCGUGGUGGGCAGGAAGCGGAAGCGGCACCAGGUGGGAGAGGGCCUCAGGAAGAAACAGCGGCAUGAGGCACAGCGGGAUGAGGAGUUCUACAUUCCCUACCGGCCCAAGGACUUGGAGAGCGAGCGGGGGCUGAGCAUUGGCGGGGAGGGCAGCGCCUUUGAGCAGCAGGCUUCUGGCGCCAUGCUCGACCUCCUGGGAGACGAGACCCACAACAUGAGCAAGACCAAGCAGCUGCUCAAGUGGGACCGCAAGAAGAAGCGGUUCGUGGGGAAAACUGGCCAAGAGGACAAGAAGAAAAUCUGCACAGAGAGUGGCAGGUACAUCAGCGGCUCCUACAAGAACAACCUCUAUGAGAAGUGGAAGAAGAAAUACAAAGUUGAGGAGUGGGACUCCGAGGAGGAGGCGGGGAGCGAGCCGAGAGGCGGGGCGCACCGCAGGGGCAGAGGAGGCAAGCAGCUGGCGCCCGCCCCUGGGAAACACGGCUCCCAGCAGGGCAGGGUGCACUCGGAGCUGAAGAACAAGCAGCAGAUCUUAAAGCAGAGGAAGCGGGUGGCCAAGCAGAACUUUCUGCAGACGGGCGGCCUGAAGCGGCUGAAAGGCAAGAAGCGGCAGCGGGUGCAGGAGCUGCGCAGGAUGGCGUUCGGCCGGGGUGCUGCCAAGAAGGGGAAAAUGAGGAAAAGGAUGUAAAGAAUGGAGCGUGGGAGGGCAGCAGGCCUGGUCUGAGUGAAGGGCUGAUUCCCAGCCAUCUCCCCUUUCUGGGGGUGAGCUGCCCCAUGCACACUCUGCCCUGGGCGGGUGCCAUUAAAGGACAUUGGUUGGUUUUCAGUUUCUGUUGGAUGUUUGUCUCGAAUGCAGCUCAGGGGUGGGGGGAGAUGGCGGGAAUGCUGGCCAGGGAACAGAGCUGGGCAGGGGCAGGGCAGGCCUGGCUGCCUGUCCCUCUAGUCAGUACCUCCGGAAAGUUUCCAGCAGAAGCUGUUAUGGUUGCUGAAAGAUGGCCCUAGUCUGAACUGGUUUUCACCAAUUACUCACCUCUUCUCCCAAAGGAUGUUCCUGACAUUGCAUGAGGUGGCUUUUAAAAGCAGUUUCUGAUCAUCGCACCUUCCCUCCCCCUCCCCUGUGGACAGCAGCAAUGCUUGCUGCUCCCUGAUUUCAUUUGUUCCUGGAGAGCCCGCUCUCCAGGAAGUGUAAGCUAGACCAUGCAUGAAUUUGACCUCAAAGCCCCCUGUGCCGAAAGGUAACAGCAGCGAGGGGUUUUAGAGAAGAGCACUCACUUUCUGGGCCUAGCUUCAAAAUGGUAUUUAUGUAAUAAGAGCUAUAGAUCUCAGAGCGCAUUGCAAAGGAGGUCAGUAUUGUCCCCAUUUUACAGAUGGGGAAACUGAGGCACAGGGAGUGACUUGCCCAAAGUCACCCAGCAGGCCAGUGGCAGAGCUAGGACUAAAGCCCAGUCAGAGUCCCAAUCCUGUGCACUGUCUAAUCAUUCCUGUCCAGCUGUAUUCACCUGGUAAUUCUAUUUCUCUGCCUCUAGCCAGACAGAUCCUUAGUUUCAAGGCUUAGCUCCUUAUCCAGUUGCGGAUACUCCCCUGCCUCUUCAGUAUGUGACCAUUGGUGGGAGCAGUAAGUGUCCUCCAGGCUCCCUGUUGCCUGUGACACACCAUCCCCUCCCACCUAUGUCAGUUGUGGGGGAGGCAGCGCUCCCACAAAGAAAAGCCAAUGCUAGAGCAAGAGAUGAUUAGAAAAUCCAUCUUUUAAUAAAGAACCCCCAAAACUGUUGGUGAAAACCUGCACAUGUGCUUUCUACAGAGAAGUAUGGGGGUGUUUUUCUCCUCUGAUACCAGCUGUGCAAGGUCCUCCACUCUCGGCACAUAAAAAGAUGGAGGGAUGUCCCCAAAGGAAAAUGAGUAAAGGUGCAAUGGGCAGCCACACCAUGGCCAGUACAAACUGGGACAGUUAAAGAUACUUCUGCAAUCCAGUGUCGCCUAUAACAGUGCAGGUGGCAACAGGCAGCAUGUGCAGUCCCUGAGCCAGCCACCUGCAGUGAGAAAACAUCACUUGCUUGAGACUUUAGAUGCUUCCUGGGUCCCCUCAGCUGUUCUCUGCUGCUCAGGGCUGCGUGGCAGUAUGCAAAGUGGGGAAAUGGAGCAGAGUUUGACUUGUUUUUAAAAAGGGGCCUUACUUUUAUUUCAGCCUAAAUUGAACUAAGCUUUGUAUCAAAAGUCAAUGUAAAUAAUGGCCCACACUUUUACUCCAAUAAACAAUUUUUUCUAUUGUC